UUCUUUUUAGGUUAAUGUUUAGUUUAACCAACAGAAAAAGGAUGACUGGUUUAUUAAGUUUCUUCACCAUUGAGGUAUUUAGAUCUCGUAAAGAUCUAACGACUUGGGUGCAGAAUGUGGCACGCUCUCUUGGUUUUGUUAUUGUUACUAUACGAUCAAGGACAAGCCCUGUUGGCUAUAUUUCGAACAUUGUACUUGGUUGUGAGCAUGGUGGUGUGUCUCGAAGUAAAGAUCUAGGAAAAGAUAUUGGAACCAAAAAAAUUAAUUGUCCAUUCAAAUUGGUGGGAAAGUAUUCAAAGAAGAAUGAUGUUUGGAAGUUAAAAGUCGUAUGUGAUGAACAUAAUUAUCCGCCCGCAUUGUAUAUGGAGGGACAUGCACAAGCAAUGAAAUUGUCUUCUAACGAAAAUCAUUUGGUGCAAGAUUUGACAUGGUUAAAUGUAAAACCGCGUGAUAUUUUGUCAACGUUGAAGAAGCAAAAUGAAAAAAAUGUGUCUGUUCUAAAGAUCAUAUACAAUGUUCGUUACAAGUUUCGCAAGACCGAGCAAGCAGGUAGAACCCCAAUGCAGAAUCUUAUGUACAUUUUGCAAAGCAAAGGGUACGUUUUUGACUAUCAUGUACACGACAUUACUAAUGAGUUGGAAGAAUUAUUCUUCGUCCAUCCAACAUCAUUAACUAUAUGGCAGACAUUUCCAAAUGUGGUGUUGAUGGAUGCUACAUAUAAGACAAACAAAUAUAAUUUGCCCUUUCUUGAAAUUGUUGGUGUUACUUCUACCAAUAAAACAUUUUCUAUUGCAUUCGUGUUUAUGAACAAAGAAAAUUAA